UGAUACUUUAAUACCUAUAAAGCUAGGAAAUAAUAGAGAGGAUAGAGUUGUUUGGAAGUUUGAUAGGAAAGGAGUAUUUACUACCAACUAUUUUGUGUCGGUGUUGCAGUCAGAAAUGCUUCCGGAAGAUGUUACGAGUUAUAGUUUUACCAGAACUAUAUGAAAAGGCUUGGUUCCACCGAGAGUGGAAUUAUUCACUUGGUUUGUUUUGAUAGGAAGAGCGAAUAUUAAAGAAAGACUAUAUAGACUGGGAAUCGUUUAUCAGGGUGACAACAUAUGUGUAUUGUGUAAAAAAGAUGUUGAAUUUGUUCACCACUUGUUUAUUAGUUGUGAUUUUACUUGGCAGAUGUGGUGUGCUUGGCUAUCUGGUUUUGGAAGGUUGUGGGCAGUUUCAAGUUCACUGAAGGAACAUUUUGAGAGUUAGACAAGUGCCUUUACUAGGAAGGAGGAGUGUACGAAGUGGCUCAUAUGUUUCUUUUCAAUUAUUUGAAAUAUCUUACUAGAAAGGAAUGGGCGAAUCUUUCAUAACAAGGAAUCAGGUAUAGAAGAAGUGUUCCACAGAUCGAUUGCUAGUUAUAAUGCAUGGAGUAGUGUGGAUCUUUUUUAUUAUUGAUGGUAAUGCCGAAAUGACAUUGGGGAUCCUUUUUAUAUAUCGCUCUUUGUUUAUUUUGGUUGCUGUUAGAUUGUGUUCUAGUUUGUCAUUUUGCUCCAUUUUAUUGUGUUGAGCUCGUUUGUUCAAAAACAAAAAUAUUAUAUAGUAGGGUUAAGUACGAUUUUGGUCCCUAAAGUAUUGGUCGAAAUUUUUUUCAUCCCUAACCUUUUUUUGCAUACAAAAUCGUCCUAAGGUUCAAAGUAGUUUUAAAAUUGUCAUUUGGACCAAAAUACCCUUCUCUUCUUCUUCUUCACAGCAUCUCUUCUUCUUCUUCAUCACAGCUCCCAACCCUUCCCCUCAAAAGAAACAGAGCCCAACCACUGCCACACCCAGCCCUUUCCCUCCUACCUGGACUCCCCCUCCUCCCUCUCCCCCACAGUCAAAAUCCUCUACCACAUCAUAACCACUACUCCUUCUCAGUCCAUCGAGCAAUCUCUCCAAUCUCUCCACGAUUUCUCCCUCUUCGUCACUUCCUCCGACGUCGAGAAAGUCCUCAAGUUCUCGUACGCCUUCCCCGCUUAGGCCGUCAAGUUCUUCUGCAGGUCCGGCCACGACCAAAUCAGAAUUUUCGCAAAAUGGAUGAGGAAGAAGAAGCCUUCUGCCUCCGAUCGAGUCUCGAACUAAAGGGCUUGUGCUCCUUCCUGUCUUCUCCUUCUCCCUCGAAGGCGAAUUGAUGGAGGCACGUCAAGGGAGCAACCAUGAAAGGCGGUGGAUGGUUGCUCUAAUGGCAGUGUGUUUGUGGGUUAGAGAGAGAAACCUUGGCAUGGCGGAUGAAAAGGAUGCUGAAGCUUUGAGGUGCCACAGGCAGCUGGUGGAGGAGGAAGAAGCCGCUCAAAAAAGAUCAAUACAGGCAAGGGAACAAAAGCAUGCGACAGAAAUUGAAGAGCACAUUGGGAGUGCAGAAGAUGAUUUGUCAACAGCAAAAACAUGUUUGGCUACUUAUGAUUUUAAAGCACAUAACCUGAAAACAUUCAUAGAUAGCACUCCUUUAUAUAAUCCUUUUCAAUGGCUAACAGAACAAAAGACGGAGGCGGUGGGGGCCAGGCUCACUGGUGAAGAUGCAAAUGAAGGCGCAGUAGCUGCCAUUGCUAUGUAUUAUUGUUGUUCUUAAAUUUGAAUAUUGGGUUGUUGUUGAAUAUUGUAUGUUUUUGUAGUUCUUUUUCUUCCAUUAAUGAUUUUUUUGUUUUUUUUUU